AGACGAGGAGAAAGGCGGGUGCUGGCAGGUGCGCUUCACCCUGGCCAUCCUCUCCCUGCUGGGCAUCGUCCUCAUGUACGCCAUGAGGGUGUGCCUCUCCAUCGCCAUCGUGGGCAUGGUGGGCACGGAGCACCACCACCACGGGGAGCACAACGCCUCGGAGGCUGUCGCGGCGGAGGACGUGUGCCCCUCGCCCGAGCAGACCGGCGGGAAGCCCAAGGAGACCAUCGUCGGAGAGUUCACCUGGGACGAGACCACCCAGGGCAUCAUCCUGGUUCCUUCUUCUGGGGCUACCUGCACCAACAUCCCCGGCGGGAGGCUGGCGGAGUACUUCGGGGGCAAGAGGGUGUUCGGCUUGGGCAUCGUGCUCUCUGCGCUGUUCACGGUCCUCACGCCCUCAGCGCUCGGGCGUCCCGGAGCUGUUCAUCGCCGUCAGGAUCUGCUGCGGCGCCGUGCAGGUGGGUGUGGGGGAGUGGUCUUCCCGGCCGUGAAUUCUAUGCUGGCAACCUGGAUCCCGCCCUUUGAGAGGAGCAGGUUCAGCACAAUUGUUUAUUCAGGCUUCCCUCUGGGCACGGUGCUGUCCCUGCCCGUCGGCGGCUGGCUCUGCUCGUCCACCUUCCUCGGCGGCUGGCCCUCCGUCUUCUACCUCUUCGGCGGGCUCGGCAUCCUGUGGGGCGUCUUCUGGUUCGUCCUGAUCCACGACCGGCCCGAAGCCCACCCCAGGAUCUCGGCCGCGGAGCUGGCGCACAUCCAGGCCUUCGCGGGACAGACCAAAAGAGCCGAGGGGGUUCCUCUGCCGUGGAAGGACAUUUUGAUGUCCCUGCCCUUCUGGGGACUCCUGGCUGGCUCCUUGGGCUAUGACUACGGCUUCUACACACUGCUCACGGAACUGCCAACUUAUCUGAAGAACAUACAGCACUUCGACAUGAGUUCGAAUGGUCUGAUUUCGGCGUUGCCCUUCCUCGUGAUGUGGCUCUGGGGCUACGUCUGGGGGCUCCUCAUGGACAGACUGACGAAGGCUAAGGUCCUCUCCAUCAUCACCAUCAGGAGGCUGUCUAUGUCUGUUGCUCUCUACGGCGCUAUGAUAAGCCUGGUGAUCAUGUGCUUCGUGAACUGCGACCCCGUGCUUGCGGUGGUGGUGCUGUGCCUCUCCGUGGGCCUCGGCGGGAGUGCCAACUGCGGCUUCCUCUGCUCGCACCAGGACAUCGCGCCCAACUUCGCCGGGACGCUGCUGGGGAUCACGAAUGCCGUCGGCGCCUUCGCAGGGGUGUUCGCGCCCAUGAUCACGGGGGCCAUCACCGAGGGAAAUCAAACCCUGAGCGCGUGGCGGUACGUGUUCCUGAUCACCGUGGGCAUCUACCUGGUCACCGGUUCCCUCUACGUCUUCCUGAUCUCCGAGAAGCCGCAGUACUGGAACGAGCCCAAGCUGUGCAGAGCAGGAAAGGAGUGCGAUAACGAGGUCAAGGUCAGCCUCGCCUCGACGGUGACCACGCCGACCUCUCCGACGUCACCGCUCGACCCUGUUAUCUGUUAACUCGGCGCGACAAGGCCUGGUCUUAAUGAAUUUUUAAGAAUCAUAUUUGUAGAGAGAAUGUGAGAGUUUUUUUUUAGAGAGUUUUAUUAAGGGGUUUAAGAGAGAGGGAGGAAGAGAGUUGCAAUCUCAAGGAACGGAAGUGUAAAAUCGCCUGCAUCCAAUCAGGCUGAAGUGAUCAUAGCGCUGACCUGUCCCGGGAAUGAUUGACAGGGAGCGCCGUCAUAUGACAGGCGGAAUAGACAGGCAGCUCCAUAUGCACUGCGUGAUUUGUGAAGCCAUUGCUCAAUAGGGGAGAAACAGGACAAUGAUAGUAUAUGACGUAAUGUGCAGAAAGCAAAGUAAGUAUACUCGGUUGUAUAUAUAUAUAGUUCGUUGAAAUGCAAAACAGUACGACUUGCUUCAGCCUUUCUUCAAGCACUUGCAUUCGACGCGGUUGAAAGCUCGCUAAUACCACAGUAAGGAAUCACUGUGUAGUUGUGGAACCCGAGUCUUCCCAGAGGGUUCCAGAAAGGUACAGUGAGAAGCCUCCUCGUGCCAGGUCGGGACUGGGCAGUUCCUCCGGUCCUCUGUGUCAUUCCUUCCCUUCCAUGCUUCAUAUUCCAGGAGUCAUUACCAGACAGAAGUGUAUUAGAAACCCAUUUUCUAUUCGAAGGCGUUCUCCUCCUGAUAAAAAAAACAACAAAAAAACAAGCAAGUGUAUGUUUCAGGUUCUUUUCAUUUUUUUUUUUUUUUUCAGGAGAUCUAGAAGAACGUUGGACUUUUUCAGUAUUGUGUAUUCUGUUGAGUCCCAAGUCUUCCAAUUGACGAAAUUUUUUCAGUAUUGGGCUGCCAGUGUCAAAAGAUGAUCCUUCAUUUACAGUUGUAGAAUAAUCACUUCUGUUUCCUUUUUUUAUACAGAUUUAUCGUUUUUUUGUUAGUCAUAUACUUAUAGUCUAAUAUUCUUAGGAUUUAAGUUGUAUGUAAAAUAAAGGUUAUAUUUUUUUGCAUAAA